AUGGAUGGUAAGUUACCAGAACCUCCAGAACCUCCAGAAGAGAAUGUUGAGACUGACGAUAAAAGAAAUAGUGAUGAUUUUGGUGAUAAUGCUAAUGACGAUGGUGUCAGCAUUAAAAGGCAGAAUAAGAAAUUCUCGAAAUUGCGUAAAAUUUUCAAUAUCAGAAAAUCAAAAAAAUUGUAA